GUAGAUGCAGAGUGCUUCUAUUUCAAGAGCAGUUGUGCCUUGCAAAACAUUGCGUCCGAAUAUGGUUCACCGUCCGAAUUAAGAGGUUGGGAUGGUGAGGUGCAAAGCGGCCCCGCUAAAUCGCAAUUUUCAUUUCCCAUGGUACUCGAUGGUAUUUAAGUUGGCCUGUACCUUGUGUAUAACACGCGACCUCUCGACAAACGCAGGACGCAUAGGUUUUGGUCCGAAGCGUCAUGUCCCGUUUACGCGGUUAGCUCCUCCCAAUGACCGUAUUCAACGGCGGGCUAAUGCAAAUACGAGGCUACAAAACUUGAGUAGGCUUGGAUGGUAAGCACUUGGGGCAGUAAAAGGAGGGCGGAGGGCGGAGGGUGGGCU